UGCCCGGGCCUUGACCUUGCCCCUCCGGCCCGUCCACAGGAGGAAGCCGAGGACUACGCUAAGCUCAGCCCGGAGGAGCAGCAGAAGAGGCUGAGGGGCAUCCUGAGGAAGAUCGACCUGGACGCAGACGGCUUCCUGACAGCGGAUGAGCUAAGUUCCUGGAUCCAGAAGUCUUUUACACAUUAUGUUAUGCAAGAGGCUAAACAACACUUUGUUGUAUAUGAUAAAGAUGGGGAUGGCUUGGUGUCUUGGAAAGAGUACAAUAUUCAAAUGUAUGAUCAUCUAAUCGAUUUUGAUGAGCACACUGUCCUGGAGGAUCAAGAAGAAGAAUCUUUUCGACAGCUUCAUUUAAAGGAGAAGAAGCGUUUUGAAAAAGCUGAUAAAGAUGACAUUCCUGGUCUGAAUCUGGAUGAAUUUGUUGCUUUUGAGCACCCUGAAGAAGCCGAGUAUAUGACGGAAUUUGUCAUUCAGGAGGCUUUAGAAGAACAUGACAAAAAUGGUGAUGGAUUUGUAAGUCUGGAAGAGUUUCUGGGUGACUACAGAAAAGAUCCAACGGCAAAAGAAGAUCCCGAAUGGAUACUCGUUGAGAAGGAUCGAUUUGUGAAUGACUAUGACAAAGAUAAUGAUGGAAAACUCAACCCUCAGGAACUGCUGACUUGGGUAGUACCUAAUAAUCAGGGUAUUGCUGAAGAGGAGGCACUUCAUCUAAUAGAAGAAAUGGAUUUGAAUGAUGAUAAAAAGCUCUCCGAGGCAGAGAUUCUUGAGAACCAGGACUUGUUUCUUACCAGCGAAGCCACAGAUUAUGGCAGGCAGCUUCAUGAUGAACGUUUCUACCAUGAAGAACUUUAGUUUAUUCAUCUGUGAUCUGCUUUGCCUUCUUUCUGUCCCUCCUUAAGAAUGCUCAAUGUUAAGAUAUAGUAUAAGCUUUACUUUGUGUGAUUAUAAUAUACUAAUGUUUGUGUAGAUAUUUUGCAUUCUAAAUUUACUGAAAUGCUCUCACACUUCCUUGUCCUUUUUUCAGCCUUCAAAACUAAUAUUUACAAUAUUUAUUUCUCUAUUUCCAGUAUUAUUUGUUUCAUAGUUUUUGAAAACAUUCCUAGAACCUAUAUGCUUGGGACCUGUAUAGUGAAGAGUUGUGCAAUGGUACGUGAAGAAUGAAGAAUCUAAUUGGAUUCUGAAAAAAGCAAAAUGUGUGUAAUAAGUGAGAGAGUUACCAAUAAUGUAGUUUCGUUUAUUUAAGCAGUAUAGUGUUUUUCAGAAUAUGGAGAACAAGAGCAAUGUUUAAAUUUAGUAUUUAAGUAUGAUAUCUUAUCACCUUUGGAGGAACAUUCAGAAGGUUUAGUACCUCGAUUGUUUAAGAGGUUUCAUCUUAUUUUUAAAUGGUUUCUAUAAAGGUUUUAUUGCGAUUUAUAAAACCUGAUAUUUUUGAAUCUAUACAGGCACAGUAAUUUUUAAUGUAUAAUUCUACAACAUUAGAGGUAUGUAAUGGUAUUUUACAUGGUUAAAACUCUUAAUUUGUUGAAUUAAAAUGUUCAGUCCUA